UCCUCUCUUGUGUGUGUGCUUUUCCUCUCUUGUGUGUGCUUUCGUAUAAAAGAGGGAGAUUAGUAAAGGAGAAGAGAGAGAGAGAGAGAGAAGAAAAGGAAAAUGGUGAGAAUCUUUUCUCGUUUUCAAGGCUACAGGAGAUUCCAUUCCCCCUUCUUGGAUAAGGACUGCCUGCUCCCAAAGGGAGCUGAAGCGACUGGGAAAGCCGAAGCCGGAGAAGGACCGGUCCAUGGUGUUGUCAUUGCAGCCAGUGGAAGCCGUUAUGGGAUCGAAUCCGAAGUUGAAUUUAAGCCAAUAGAGCACCCUCUCGAGCCCACCGACGAAGAUCAACCUGUUAAAUGCCCAAUGCCCAACUCCUCUGUUCUCAAUGACGGAGCCACUCGGAAGGAGCGGGCCGUAGAAAGCCUUCGGAAGAGGGUGGAAUUCUCGGCGACGAACGAAGAAGAAGAUGGCAUGGUUGUUGAUAUGCAGCCACCAGCACGCGCCGUGCGCAAGAGGCACCAGACUCUCACCCGUGACCGUAUUAGGCUCCCGUCGGUCCUGGCCCCACCACAAAGUAGUACCAUCUUACAGAUGCUCCGAGAAUGUAACGAGUUUGAAUCUUGAUGAGCAGCAAGUGGCCUGCUGCGGAUUCCACCAUUACAAAUCUCCAGAUAUUCAUCUGAGUUUCAAGAAAUGUAGUUGCUGUGGAGGAUCAGAGACAGACUCCCGGUGUUUUUUUUUUCCCUUCUUCUUGAGAUCUUGAGAAGGGGUUUUUUCGUUUUUCGUUUUUGUUUUUGUUUUAGAUGAGAAAUGCCUUUUGGGGGAUUCUUGUAAAUAAUGCUCUUGAACCCAUAUCACUGCUACUAGCUUUUAUGGUCUAGAUGUUACUGUUCUUUAUAUAUACAAUAAUCUUGCAUAUC